UUAGCAUCUGGAAGUUCUGAUAAUUCUAAACAUUUAUGGAAUGUUAAGACUGCAUUAUAAAAAGCCAAAUAAGAUGGUCAUUAUAAUAAAAUUCUAUCAGUCUGUUUAGCAUCUGCCAGCGUUGAUCAAUCUAUCCGUUUAUGGGAUGUAUCUACAGAAAAAAAAUUUACGGUAUUCUUUUAAAGAUAUUAAAUAAUUCUUGGCUAAGUUAAAUGCCAACUCUAUAAAAGUCUCAACUUAAAAGAUGGUAUUUACUUCUUAAUUAUUUUAGUGCUAGCUAAUGUUGCUACUGUUUGUAUUUGCCAGAAUCCUAAUUUAGAAGCAAAUGCUGCUUUAAUUAAGGGAGGGAUUUGUAAAUUAUUCAGGUGUAGAUUUGAGAUAGUUAUCUAUAUUUAAAGGAAGUUUCAUUUUGGAAUCUGCUCAAGAAAACUGCAAAAUAUAAUGA